UUUCGUCCGCGCGCUCCUCAGUUCCGUCUCCACGCGCCGCGCCUCGCCUCGCAGAUGUCGGCGGCCGCCGCAGGGGCGCGCUCCUCCUCCACCUCCACCCAAUGACCCCGCGGCCGCGCCUCCUCCUGCUCCUCCUCGCCAUUGCCUUGCCCGCCGCCUCCGCCGCGUCCACGCUCGCCGUCUCGGCCUCCUCCACCUCCCCCACCGUCUGCGGCGUCGCCGAGCCCAACGGCACCGUCUACUGCGCGCCGCUCCAGGGGCCCUCCAGCUCCAACUCCGCCAGCCCCGUCGCGCCGUCCGCCAUCGCCUUCGCGGAGCUCUCCGCGGGGCGAGGCUUCGUGUGCGGCCUGCAAGCGGGGGGCGCCGCGCUCUUCUGCUGGCCGUCCACGCCGGCGCCGCAGUGGGGGCAGCUCCGGCGGCUCUACAACGGGCCCGCCCCGCUCGCGGACCUCGCCGUCGGCGGCGGCCACGUCGCGGCCUACGACGCCUCCGGGAAGGUGGUCCUAUGGUGGCGCGGCGGGGGCCGGUUCCCCGCGCGGGCCGACGGCGCGUUCCGCUCCCUCGUCUCCGGGGACGGCUUCUCCUGCGCCGUCCAGGCCAACGCGUCCGCCGCCGUCCGCUGCUGGGGCCCGCAGGGUAGCGCCGUGCAGGCGGGCCUCGCCAACGCGUCCGCCGCCCCGUACCUCGCCGCGGGGGGCGCCCGCGCCUGCGCCGUGCUCGCCUCCGGCGCCGCGCUCUGCUCGGGCUCGGACGCCUCCGCCGGCGCCCUGCCGCGGGACCUCUUCGGCUACGGCCUCGCCGUCGGCGACUCCCACGCGUGCGCGCUCCGCCGGCCCGACCACACCGCGGUUUGCUGGACCCUCGGGGGACCCACCACCACCCUGUACGAGCCGGCCCUGGGGAUCUCCUUCGCCUUCCUCGUCGCCGGCGGCAACUUCACCUGCGGCGUCGCGUCCAGCGACUUCAGCGUGUACUGCUGGUCCGCGGGCGCCGUGGCCGCGCCGGUGCCGCUCCCGAGGAUCCGCCCGGGCGUCUGCGUCAGCGACGACAGCUCAUGCCGCGGGUGCGGCUUCAUGUCGCAGUCGCAGAAGUUCUGCGGAGGCUCCGGCGGGAUCUGCGACGCCCUCUGCGACGAUUCGCCGCCGCCGCCUGCUCCCGCACCCCCUUCUCCGCCGCCGUCGUCGAGUAGACGCGUGUCCAAGGCCUGGAUCGCGUUCUGCGUGGUCGGCGCGGUGGGUGGUUUCGCGGGGCUCUGCUCCAUCGUCUACUGCCUCGUCUUCGGCUUCUGCAGCAACAAGCGGGUGCACAACUCGGUGCAGCCCAACAUCAGUGCCGCCGCCGCCGGCACGGGUGCCGACAACAACGGCGGCGGCGGAGGUGCCGCAGCCUCCGGGAGCCCCUACGGGUCGCCGAACGGGUCGCGGGCGCGCGGCCUGUUCCGGCGGCAGCUGUCGCGCGCGAUGACGCGGCAGCGCAGCGGGCCGUCGUCGUUCAAGGACCCCGCCGAGGAGUUCACCUUCGCGCAGCUGGAGGCGGCCACCAAAGGGUUCGCGCUGGAGGCGAAGAUCGGGGAGGGCAGCUUCGGCACCGUGUACCGGGGCAAGCUCCCCGACGGGCGCGAGGUGGCCAUCAAGCGCGGCGAGUCAGGCCCCCGCGCGCGCCGGUUCCAGGAGAAGGAGAGCGCGUUCCGGUCGGAGCUGGUGUUCCUGUCCCGGCUCCACCACAAGCACCUCGUGGGCCUGGUGGGCUACUGCGAGGAGGCGGAGGAGCGGCUGCUGGUGUACGAGUACAUGAAGAACGGCGCGCUCUACGACCACCUGCACCCCAAGGCCUCGGCGGCGCCGUCGCCCGUGGCGUCGUCGUGGAAGCUGCGCAUCAAGAUCCUGCUGGACGCGUCCCGCGGCAUCGAGUACCUGCACUCCUACGCCGUGCCGCCCAUCAUCCACCGCGACAUCAAGUCGUCCAACAUCCUGCUGGACGGCGGGUGGACGGCGCGCGUGUCGGACUUCGGGCUGUCGCUGACGGGGUCCCCGGAGCCAUCGUCGGAGGAGUCGCGGUCGCAGCAGCUGGCGGUGACGACGAAGGCCGCCGGCACGGUGGGGUACAUGGACCCGGAGUACUACGGGCUGCACCACCUGACGGUGAAGAGCGACGUGUACGGGUUCGGUGUGGUGAUGCUGGAGUCGCUGACGGGGCGGCGCGCCAUCUUCAAGGAGGCGGAGGGCGGGAGCCCCGUGAGCGUGGUGGACUACGCGGUGCCCAGCAUCAUGGGCGGGGAGCUCGGGAAGGUGCUGGACCCGCGCGCGCCGGAGCCCGCGGCGCACGAGGCCGAGGCGGUGGAGCUGGUGGCGUACACCGCCGUGCACUGCGUCCAGCUGGAGGGCAAGGACCGCCCCGCCAUGGCCGACAUCGUGGCCAACCUGGAGACGGCCUUCGCGCUCUGCGAGGGAAGCGACCGCGACCGCGGGACCGGCGCGUUCGGGAACAGCUCCUCCAGCGCCAGCCUCUCCGUCACGUCCAUGGACCGGUCGGGAGCCCUGGCCUGAGCUGAGCCUGACGGACGGACGGAUGGAUGAGUCCAUUCUUUUCCGGUUUUCGUUCAUGCAUCAACCGCCGCCCAUGGCGAAGGGAGGGUGGUCGAAUUCAUUGCCGUUCAUUCUUCAUUCCUCGUUGCGAGGUGUGUGAUUCUGUCACACGUUUUGUUCAUGGUGAAUGUACAUUCAUGAUUCUUGCUCUGAUGAUUCCACGCGUCGUCGAGACGAAACACAAGAGAGGAUUCGAAUUCAUUCGUGUAGACUGUGACCCCCCAAUUAAUGGGAUAAAAAAAAGGGGAAAGAAACUUCUCCCCGGUGAUGGUGGAUGCACAGCACCAAGCAGGAUGUGGCACCAGUUUUAACUUCUCCCCUGGAGCGUUGAAUGGGAAAAGAAACAGAGAUGGAAGGAGAAGAAACACGCAGGUUGUUGUUGACGAGAUCAGUCGGUCAGAGGCGGCAUUUCCGUCCAGUCUACCACAAGCGUCCAGUCUACCACAAGGUGAGAGCCGCCGGGUCAACAGGGACAGGGAAGGAAGCCGCCGGGUCAACAGGAGAGGAGAAGAGGGGAGCAGUGGUUGUUGUUUGGUGGUUGGCGUACUACAGUGACGGUAGCAGCGGAGCGAAUGGCGAAUGCGAUCUCAUGAAAUGCCGCCGAGGUUCACGGUCAUCAUCCCGAUCCGGCGAUCCAUGCUCAACAGGGCAGGGGGCAGGCAGGUGGAAUUUUAAACAUCCAUAGUCUUAACUUUGGAUUUAUUACCUUAGUUCCAAAAAAUGAGGCUACAAGGAUACAACAGUUUCGUCCAAUUUGUUUGUUGAAUGUAAGCUUUAAAAUCUUUGCAAAAGUACUUAUAAAUUUGUUUGUUGAAUGUAA